AUGAAGGCUCCGUGGGGAGGCGACACUGCGUACGCCUGGGAGAAGUAUGACUCCUUCGCAGAUAGAUGGCGCGAGAUUUGCCGCGGCCUCAAAACAAAGACGGACAAUCGCCGCCUGAAUGCCAAGAGAGACGAGGAGAGUCGCUUAGGCCGGGAAUGGCAAAACAUCACGAAGAAGAAGGCUGCCGCACUAGACGUGGUGGACGAGCAUAUGGAAGACUAA